AUGAGCUCCGAUCGGCAGCCGAAGUAUCGGCAGGAGAUUCAGCAGGGUCUCGGUCUUGAGGUCGCGUCGUUGUAUAUUCGAUUCAAGCACCUGAAUAUCGUCCUCGGUCGCCUUUUCACCGGUGGUAGUUCCCCCUGGGUUCAGGGCGCAGCGCGCAUCUGGUUGGGCGUGGUAUCGGACCGUUAUUUUGCUUCGGAGAGGCAUUGCGCCUGA